UCAGUUGCAGUACAUAAAUAUAUAUAGAACAGGUAUAAACAUGUGAUUUAUUACCAUUGUCAUUUGAAAAACAAAUAUUCAUUCCAGUUUUAGUGAUGCUCAUGUUACAGUGCAUGAAAAAAACAUAUGCUGAUCUUGCUUAAGGUGAAACUAAAGUCAUCAACAAGUCAUAAUACAAGAGCAGAGUCUGUUCUCAAGACGUUGAGCGAUCAAGAGGAGUGACUUUACUGGAGUCCAUCCAGACUGGAACAAUGACUUCCAUUAGGUCAAUCAGCAGUCAGGUUAUCUUCCAGCUCAACCUCUCUGCAGGAGCCUGGGGAGGGACAGGAUUUGGAGGCUUACCGUCGUGACAGGAACAGUAAAAGGCACAAUCCUGAGCUCUCCUCCUGAGAUGCUCGGAGCUCAGAUCUUAUGGUCAGCUGUAGCACGGAAAUAUGCUGCUAUCAGCUGGUUUGACUCAGACCAAGUUACAGCAGCGUUUAUCAUCUGUUGUUGCUCAACAUGACCCUUCCCUCAUGGUGAUCUGGUUACAGAGGGUGUGGCAGAAGUAUCUGAAUUGUUGUGUUACGAAAACAGGAUAUCACAAAAAAGUAGACUACAGUAGUGAAGAGAGUGUUUAUCCCAGGAGGCUCAAUGGUUCCUCCACUGAGGUACCCACCUACCAGAACCUGCACCGGGAGCUGCUGCUCAGCCAUAAACGGGGCUUGCUGCCGGAGGAGAAACCGGAGCUGAAGCGAGUGUUGGAGCAGCGCAGACUGGAGCAGCACAAAGAGGAGGAGCUGGCACGACGGCGGCCCUCAGAUCUGGAGAUGGAGCUCCGCAAGAGGCAGCAGAAGCUGGAAGAGUAUGAACAGGAGGAGAUCAGGCAGCGGGAGAAUCAGGAGAAGAUCCCAGAGUUUGUCCGUGUGAAGGACAACCUGAGGCGAACACAGUCUGAGCAGUGAAGCCCCAAGGCUCCCAUCAGCCCCUGCAGCAUCUCACCAUAGUGGCCCUAUAUCUUCAUGUUCACUGUCUGCUGAGUUACAUAUAAUAAAAUAUCACUGUACCAGAAUAAAACACAUAAUCCACGUUUAGAAAUGUUCUGUUUCUGAAGAGGAGUGGAAGUCCUUAUUUUGUAUUCAGAAUUAUGUGGGUCAAUAUUUCUUAAAGGAAGAAAGGACUUCUGUUGAAUAUUUUUUAUGUUUUUUAUGCUCACUAUUCAUUUUAUUUUUUCAAACCAUCUUCUCACGCUUCUCUCUGGCUUAAAGGAAAGUGUAUUAUUGUUUGUUUCAUCGAAGGUCCACACUUCAAUUCUUCUCUAAGAUUAUUAAACUCGAUAACAAACAGAGAUAUUUCUCAACAGAGCUAUAACAGAAAUCCCAUAGUAUUACAGAUUUGUAUGUUUGUUUAUCUGUUUCUGUCAAGACCUCUGAUUUUUAGUGUGUCAGUGUGCUGU